AUGGGCAUGAUCCAGCGGGAUACCAAUGGCUUCUGGCACUACUUGGCUUUCCGUCCAGUCUUGAACAAGCCUGGCGCUGAGGGCGAGCUGCGGCGCCAGGAACUGUGGCGGAAGCGUAUGGUCAACUUGCUUGGCCCAGAGCAUCCGGCUGCCAAGCUGCUGGAGGCGACCGAGCAAACCGACUCGGCGAGGUCGGUCCUCCUCCAGCCGCUGAAGCCACCGAAACCGCGACGACACCACGUCUCUGAGGCCAUUGCAGAGUCCAUGGCUCCGCGCUCACCUCCUGCCAAGGAUCACAAGACCUUGAAGCGAUCAGGAACAGCGCCGGCAUCUGCAUUUGGCCGUGAUCGGAAUUUAGAUUUCAGCCCUUCGCGCCACGCCUCGCAGAAAUCUGCGGUCCUGGCGUCUAGCGACUCAUAUUACUGGGCUGGCGUUGAUCGAGCACUUUCCAAGGAUUCAGGUUUGGGCCUGAACUCCUUCCCGCUGGAAGCUCAGCUUGCCAGGUGUUUUGGCAAGAACCGAUGUUGUCUGGAGUGCUUCUUCAUCUUAGUCUUAGUCUUCUUGUUAUCCGCUCCUUGCUUCUCUCCAAGAAGACUUUGCACGUAG